AUGUCGAAUCGGAUUGUCCCAGCAACAUGGGUCAGAAAGUCUAGACGCAAGCUUACGAGGCGCGCAUUGAGAAGAUUGGAUCACAGGAACGAAGAAGCUGCUUCAAGUUCCAGCUUUCCGGAUCACAAUUCGGACAAUCUCAGCACGCCAAAUCCUCAAGCUGGAAAGGCCGUCUUACAGGACAUCAAGAGAUUUUCUAGAGGGGGCGGACCAGACCUCACAGACUUAACGCAGUCUUCACUUUCAACCGCAAAUCCGAACCGUGCCAUGCCCAAAUCUCGCCCAAGUCCAACUCCCUAUCAGCAACACCACGAACAGCGCUCGAUGAAUCCUCCUACCCGCAGUUCCAUACCCACUGAGAGCGCUGUAACUUCCGGGCCUUACAACAGGAAUUUUAGACAGAGCCUCAUUGACAAUGGUGUUUAUCCUCCAAGGUGGCGAGAUUACGGAGAAGAAGGGCCGCUCCUGCCAGCCAAUUGGCAAACGAUCAGAGACCGCCUGUCUCGAACCCGACCUGAACUUUCCCCGGAUGUCUUCACGGACGAGCACUUCCGACAGUUCCAACGACAAGACGCAUUUGCAACAAAAGAGAACCUGGUAGAGGGGAUCGUGGCGAGAUAUCACCGAGCUGACGAUGAUCCCUCGAGCUGCAGCGGAAGACUCAACUUGAAAAAUCUCAGCCCUCUGACGUGGAGGCUAGCUAUUCCAGCAAGCCCGGACCUCUACUACGGCGCUUCCCCAGAACAGCUACAUGAACGGGUCCGUCAUGAGCUCAGUGGAGAGAUUGUCCCUACCACACAGAUGGACCUUCCGAUAGCGCCCAAUUUCUUCCUCGAAAUGAAAGGUCCCGAAGGUCUACCAGCAAUUGCACGACUUCAGGCUUGCUUUGAUGGUGCACUAGGAGCGAGAGGUAUGCAUUCCCUCCUAUCAUACGGCCAAGGGGACGUUGUGGGCUCUGAUAAUGCCUACACCUUGACUGCAACCUACUGUGACGCGGUCCUCAGGAUGUAUACCACUCACCGCACCCAGUCCUCUGCCCAGGGAGGGCGACCUGAGUACCACAUGCAUGAAAUCGGCGCUUGGAUCCUGAACUCUGACGCUGAAAGUUUCCGACAGGGCGUCACAGCCUAUAGGAACGGCAGGGAUUGGGCAGAGGAACAAAGAAAUGAAGCAAUUCGGAAGGCAAACGAAAGAGCAGUCAACAAUGGGCCCAUUGACACCGUUGGUUCCCGAGAUGAGAUCGCCACAAACCUGAACUCUGCAGUAGUACAGGGUCUAGGCGCAACUGUCGGGUCCACGUCGACUGGAAACUCCAACCCUCUUGUUGGGGAAUCUUCUUCGAACCAGGUCGGCCAUGAUCACGGAGCCGGUGCCAAACGCUCGCACCCAGACUCGGCGGACUCACCACAGCCACGGAAAAAGCAAAACACAGGACUUUGA